UCCAAUUAUCAGACAGUAUCUUCAUGCUGGUGCAGCAGGACCUGCUUUUGGGUAAGAGAAGCGUUCUUUGUGGGCACUAAUCAACUUGUUAGCAGUGGCAUAUCAACAUGAGUGGCUUUGCAAGACGGAAUGAUAAUCACGACAGCUACAAUUUCACCCCUCAGAUUGCCCUUCCUCUUCCAUAUAGCCACAAUGACAGCAAUGACUUUGGGGUAACCGAACCAGGGGCGUUCCCAUUUGGUCAUUCGCCCUUCAAUCCAUUUACACCGCAAUUCUCUUCGCCGUACAGUCACCCAGGCCUAUCAUCGAGCAUACAUCAUCUGUCCCUGAGCAAUCAUUCCCCGGCGCAUUCAAUCCCUUCAACUCCUGAUCACGGGCCUCUGCAGCAGCACUCUACACAGUAUCUAUCUCACCAGCGCUACAUCCAGUCGCCUGGCUAUUUUACCCUUCGUGAAGCGCUUGGUGAUGCGGAAAUCGAGGCCCAGGACUCCAGCAAUGAGCACAACAUGCUUUCAGAACCAUUUAUACCACCGCUAGAGGGCUUUCCCGAUGUGAGAGAGUUCGAUCAAUUGAUGAAAAGCUACGUCGACGAUCUAUCUGUCAAAAAGCAAGACAAAGCUCUGAUUCAUGCCAAAAGGGCACGGAACAUUAAAACUGUGCUGUUGGAUCCCAAAGAUACAGCCAUAGAGUCGGCUCAAUUCCGGUUCUGGGUGAAGAAAAUGUUCAAGCUACAAGCCGUCGGCCCUGGAGUGUCAGAUUACACGAGGCUGAUUUGCCACGAAGGGAAACCGGUGGCUAUUCGGGAGAAAUUGUUUAAGAUAUUGACUCGGGCUCAUCAGCAAUGCCAACAUGGUGGGAGGGACAAGACAUCGGCGCAGGUCCGACAAAUAUAUUCCUGGGUCCCAAAAGAGCUCAUUUCACGUUUCGUCAAAAUAUGCCCUACUUGCCAGGUCCGUCGAGGUGGGUCGCGAUUGACGCCCCCUAGUUCACGAAGAAGCUCUCCUCGCUUGGAGAUAACGUCGCGCUCUCCGGCUCUCCCAUCGCCACCGAUAUCACGGCGUGACUCCAACUUGAACGCGCAAUUGUCGCUGGACAGAUCCCAGGCUGAUCUGUUCAACCAAUUCAACAGUCACGGUAACAAUGGCCAUUGGAUGGACAGCCAUAGGAACUUACCAGAGCGACAGCCACUCUCAUCGAGUAAUUUACGCUCAUAUGGAGGUGAAGCAAUUGCCCAUCUUCCGGGAUCCGUUUCCGAAAUUCUACAGCCUUUCCAGGGCGAUAUGGCAGGCUCAUCACCUUCAGUCGGUUAUAACGCAGUUUACACUUCCACUAAUGGAUCGUCUGGUCAGAGAAGCUGUUAGAAUUCAGCGAGUAUUAAAUAUCAAAUUAUCACUCGGCAAAGCUUUGGAAAGCAAGCCACAACUCGCGAUUAGCACGCUGACGAAAAGAGCUUCUCAUGUUCUCGAGAUGUCUAUGGCCACCUUGUCUUGUUUUCUGCUUCUUUUGGUGUUAUAGGGAAUUGAGCUUCCUGCUGAUAUUAUGAAUUUCAUGAGCCGAGUUAAGGGUUUGGUUUCG